AGAAAUCAGUUGUUGUCCGUCCUCUGUCAGAAGCAUGUUUGCUUUACGGUCACUGCUUCGAUCUGCGCACAUUAAAUAUGCGCUAUCCGCUCAAUUUCACGCAACGUCAAAUUGCACAGGUGCAAAAGUCGCUAUAGUGUUAUCUGGAUGUGGUGUUUAUGAUGGCACUGAAAUCCAUGAGGCAUCGGCAAUCCUUGUGCAUCUUAGUCGAGGAGGUGCAGAGGUCCAGAUGUUUGCACCUGAUGUGUUUCAGAUGCAUGUAAUAGAUCACAGCAAAGGUCAGCCUGUAGAGAAAGAAUCAAGGAAUGUUUUGUCAGAGUCAGCACGUAUCGCCAGGGGAAACAUCACAGAAUUGACGAAACUGAAUGCUGGUAAUUAUGAUGCAGUCAUCUUUCCUGGUGGUUUUGGGGCAGCUAAAAAUCUGUCAACAUUUGCUGUUGACGGAAAGGACUGUAAGAUGAAUAAGGAUGUGGAGCGUGUUUUAAAAGAUUUUCAUAGAGCUGGAAAGCCAAUUGGGUUGUGCUGUAUAUCUCCGGUGCUGGCUGCUAAGGUUUUGCCGGGUGUGGAUGUGACAGUGGGCCAUGAGGAGGAGGAAGGUGGGAAGUGGCCGUAUGCUGGUACUGCUCAAGCCAUCACUGCACUGGGAGCCAAGCAUACGGUUAAAGAAGUCACCGAAGCCCACGUGGACCAGAAGAAUAAGGUGGUGACCACACCUGCAUUCAUGUGUGAAACUAAGCUGCACUUGAUCUUUGAUGGGAUUGGCGCUAUGGUGAGAGACGUUCUCAAGCUCACUGGAAAGUGAAACUGCAUAGAACAGCUGGUCCUGAAGUAUAUGGAAUCUGUAUCAGACGAGAUUGUCAGACAUCACUAAUCAAACUGUGUGACAGUGCUAAUAGUAUUUUUGAGAACGUCCAGUAGAGGGCUCUCUCUGUUUUAAUAAUGAAGGCUUGAUUUCACUGAAUAUCUAAUGAAGGAUGAAACAGUAUUAUUGAAUAUAAAAUCAGUAUAUAAGGUAUUAUCUAUUUUGAAAUGGAAAAUGUGAACAAACGUCGCUCCAUAAUUCCUAUUUUGGAAAUCUUUAUCAAAAAUACUGAACAUAUUUAAUUUAAGCUUUUCAACCAUUAAAAAAAAACUGAAAGAGAAUUUAGUUUACCAACUUAAUGCAAUGCACAAAUUAAAAGUGGAUCCUUUUAUUCUUUAAGUGUUAUAGCAUAGACCGUGUUGAAAUUUAAAAUUCUCAAUAAAGCAAAUA